AAUGCGGGUGCGGGAAAAUGCCGCCUCCCUUUGUGGUUAGGGUUGAGAUACAAGAUGGCUCCGGUGUUGGAGAAGAAGCUGCUGGGUGCAGCCGGGACAGAAGGACACACCAUGGACACCAGCGCCGAGGAGGAGGAAGGACAGAACCUCUGGUCUUCGAUCCUCAGCGAGGUGUCGACACGGUCCAGUACCAAACUGCCCUCCGGGAGGAACAUCCUACUUUUCGGUGACGACGGAUCGGGGAAAACCACGCUGAUGACCAAACUCCAAGGGGUGGAACACAAUAAGAAGGGCAGAGGACUCGAGUACCUGUACCUGAACGUCCACGAUGAAGACAGAGAUGACGUGACGCGCUGUAACGUGUGGAUUCUGGAUGGAGAUGUUUAUCACAAAGGCCUGCUGAAGUUUGCUGUGUCCUCCAAGUCUCUGAAGGACAGUGUGGCCGUGUUUGUGGUGGACAUGUCCAGACCCUGGUCUAUCAUGGAGUCUCUGCAGAAGUGGACGAGUGUUCUGAGAGAACACGUGGACAAGCUGAAGAUCUCCCCUGAGGACAUGAGGGACAUGGAGCAGAGGAUGGUGAGAGCGUUUCAGGAGUAUGGGGAACCCGAGGAGGCGACUCCAUCCUCCCCUCAGAGACGAAGUGCUCCUGUAGGAGGCGAUGAUGAGUCAGUGCUGCUGCCACUGGGAGAAAAUGUCCUCACACACAACCUGGGAAUCCCCGUGCUGAUCGUCUGCUCCAAGUGUGAUGCUGUGACUGUGUUGGAGAAAGAUCAUGACUACAGAGAGGAACAUUUUGACUUUAUUCAGUCACACCUCAGGAGAUUCUGCCUGCAGUAUGGAGCUGCUCUGAUCUACACUUCUGUAAAAGAGGAGAAGAACCUGGACCUUCUGUACAAGUACAUGGUGCACAAACUGUAUGACUUCCACUUCACCUCGCCGGCCUUAGUGGUGGAGAAAGACGCUGUGUUCAUUCCGUCCGGUUGGGACAACGAGAAGAAAAUCUGCAUCUUACAUGAAAACUUCACCACCGUCCGGCCUGAAGAUCCGUUUGAGGAUUUCAUCAUCAAGCCGCCAGUACGCAAGUUAGUCCAUGAUAAGGAGAUAAAUGCUGAAGAUGAGCAGGUCUUCCUCAUGAAGCAGCAGACUUUGUUAGCCAAGCAGCCGGCCACUCCAUCACGAGCGACAGAAUCUCCUGCACGGACAGCGUCUGGUUCUCCUCGGCCCACUGUACGCACCGGACCCACCAACGUAGCGAGCGUGUCUCCCAUGACCACCGUAAAGAAACCCGACCCCAACUUGAAAGGUGCUGCUGCAAAUGAGGGUGUUUUGGCGAACUUCUUUAACAGUUUGUUGAGUAAAAAGACCGGAGCUCCUGGAAGUCCGGGAACAGCGGGAACAGCAGUGCAGCCGGGAUCAGCCAAGAAAACAGGGCAGAAGCCGGCUCUGAGUGAUGUUCAAGCUGAACUGGCACGCAUGACGCACAAAUCUGACUCCACUGUCACGGCCAAUCACAGCACAGCGCCAGAGAACGAGGCGUAAACACACCACAGACACACACACACACACACUCUCUCUCUCUCUCAGACGUUCUCUGGAAAACCUGAACAUAAAACAAAUUAUGAAUAUAAUGACCAAAUUCCUGCACUGUGUGUGUGUGUGUGUGUGAGAGAGAAAUUGGAGCUGAUUAGAUUUAUUUGAAUAUAAAUUUCAAACUUUAUUGUUAAUAUUUGGUGACCUUUAAACAGCAAUGCACGUCCAUUCAGAGCGUGCGUGUGCGCGUGUGUGCGUGUGCGCGUGUGUGUGUGUGCGUGUGUGUGUGUGUGUGCGUGCGUGUGCGUGCGUGCGUGUGCGUGCGUGCGCGUGCGUGCGUGUGUGCGCGUGUGUGCGCGUGUGUGCGUGUGCGUGCGUGUGCGUGUGUGCGUGUGUGCGUGCGCGUGUGUGCGUGUGUGUUGUACUCCACACACUCAUGUUCCUGCAAACAUGCUGCUGUUUCUCGUUCUGCUUUACCUGAUGAUGGAAACAUGAAAGAGGAGAAGAGAAAGACGGAGUGUUUAAAGAGUUAAAUAGAGGCGAUGUCCGUCAGAGUGGACGAACGUAAGCAUGGACGUAGUGACCAUGCUGAACUGGUGUAUUUAUGUAAAAAGGAAAGAGGAGGUUGAGAGCUUUCUCUGGCGUAACACCGCUGACCGCACGACACUAAUCCGAUGCCUUCUUUGCGUAACCGAUUCUGUAAAUAUGAACACGAUAGUAUUUGCUACGGUCUGAUGAAUUUUUUUGUAUAAAGUUCAAGUUUAUAAAGAAGUCCUUCAGAUUUAGACUAAAGUGUUGGCAUGGACAUGGAGCUUCUUUACUUUCUGCUUCUCUUUAUGUUUUUUCUUUUUUUUUCUCCCAAAGUGCCUGUUGUAGAGGAAAUGCACUGUAGCACUGUCGGUCACUUCCCUUUUCCUGAUAAUUUAUUUUUAUUAUUUUUUGCGCGUUUCAGCUCUUACAGGUGUCCGUCCUGACCUCGAGCCGGCCAUCACACCCCAUCAGUCUUUAACACGCUGGGUGUGUUUCAGUGCUGAUCUCAUGCUCUCCUUCACUUCCUCUCAGUCUCACCUGUGUUUAGGUCUCACUCGCUGGGUCCACUCUGGGUCCACUCUGGGUCCACUCUGGGUCCAUCACAGCACACAGCAGACCUGUCCAGGGUGCCAAUAUUUUUAUUUUAUUUGCAGUACAGAUUAUUAUUAUUAUUAUUAUUAUUAUUAUUGUUAGUGAGCACGGUUUAUCUUUGUCAGGUUCCAGCAUCAUCCAGUGAAAUACAAUCGAUUAUAAACAUCACAUUAAUGAUCAGUGCAGUGAGAGAAACACUCUCUCUCUCUCUCUCUCUCUGUCUCUCUCUCUGUCUCUCUCUCUGUCUCUGUCUCUGUCUCUCUCUCUCUCUCUCUCUCUCUCUCUGUUUCUGGCUCUCUCUCUCUCUCUCUGUCUCUCUCUCUCUGUUUCUGUCUCUCUCUCUGUCUCUGUUUCUGGCUCUCUCUCUCUGUCUCUCUGUUUCUGUCUCUCUGUUUCUGUCUCUCUCUGUUUCUGUCUCUCUGUCUCUCUCUCUCUGUUUCUGUCUCUCUGUCUCUCUCUCUCUGUUUCUGUCUCUCUGUCUCUCUCUCUGUCUCUCUCUGUCUCUCUCUUUUUCUGUCUCUCUGUCUCUCUCUCUGUCUCUGUCUCUCUUUACGUGUGUUCAAGGAAGCAGGGUUUCUAUGGAAACGCACCCGUCUCUCUCUCUGUUUUCCGGAGAGUUAAAUCCUGAUGUUAAUCCACUGGAACUCUGGAAUCUGCUGCUGUGUUUUUAGAACAAGAUUUAUUCCGUCAGUCAGUUCCACCGGAAUCUCGUGGCAUGAUUUGAAACAUUUCAUCGCUCUCAGUUUUUACUGACUCUGUGUGAUCGGACCUGAUUAGACAUUUUUGAGGUUAGUGCUGCAGUGCAUUCUGGGUAAUUUUUUGCUCUGCAGUGACAUUGACCAGAAGAGCUCUUAAACUGGCACCUGAUGAUGAUGAUGAUGAUGAUGAUGAUGAAGGUGAUGGUUUAUUAUGGUUAUUAUUCUUUAGGGGAAGUGGACGAGGGAGUGUGAAGAGCAGUACUGAAACACAGCCACAUUUCAAAUGAUUUCAGUUUAAAAUGUUUUCUCUUUCCACUCUCGAUGAAAACGUCGUCUCCAUUCUGAUUUGUACAAAUAGGAAAAAAAAAGAAGUUAAAUAUUAAUAAUCUGAACUGAAAGUGAGCGUGAAACAUUCCUCAUCACUCCACACCAGCUCCGGGUCGGGAAAAACAUUCAUGAUGCUUCCGUUUUCUAUUUUUGUUCUGAUCUCUGCUGAUCCUGCGUCCGAUCCAAUUCAUGUAGAUUAAACACGGGGUUUAUUUCUGAGAAUAGAACAAAAUUCAGGAGGUGAGAAUCAGAAGGUCUGAGAAGAAGCGUGAGGGAGGAGAGAGAAGCCUACAGAGAAAAAAAACAAAGGAAAAUUGGAUCCAAAGAUGGUGUCAGUGUGUGUCUGUGUCUGUCAGUAUGUGUGUGUCUCUGUGUGUGUGUCUCUGUGUGUGUGUCUCUGUGUGUGUGUCUCUGUGUGUGUGUGUCUCUGUGUGUGUGUGUCUCUGUGUGUGUGUGUCUCUGUGUGUCAGUGUGUGUGUCAGUGUGUGUGUGUCAGUAUGUGUCAGUGUGUCAGUGUCUGUCUCUGUGUGUCUGUGUGUGUCAGUGUGUGUGUGUGUGUGUGUGUGUGUCUGUCAGUAUGUGUGUGUCUCUGUGUGUGUGUGUGUCUGUGUGUGUGUGUGUCUGUGUGUGUGUGUGUCUGUGUGUGUGUGUGUCUGUGUGUGUGUGUCUCUGUGUGUGUGUGUCUCUGUGUGUGUGUGUCUCUGUGUGUGUCUCAGUGUGUGUCUCAGUGUGUGUGUGUGUGUGUGUCUGUCAGUAUGUGUGUGUGUGUCUCUGUGUGUGUGUCAGUAUGUGUCAGUGUGUCAGUGUCUGUCUCUGUGUGUCUGUGUGUGUCAGUGUCUCAGUGUGUGUCUCAGUGUGUGUGUGUGUGUGUGUCUCAGUGUCUGUGUCUCAGUGUCUGUGUCUCAGUGUGUGUGUCUCAGUGUGUGUGUCUCAGUGUGUGUGUGUGUGUGUGUCAGUGUGUGUGUGUCAGUGUGUGUGUGUGUCAGUGUGUGUGUGUGUCAGUGUGUGUGUGUGUCAGUGUGUGUGUGUGUCAGUGUGUGUGUGUGUCAGUGUGUGUGUGUGUCAGUGUCUGUGUGUGUCAGUGUCUGUGUGUGUGUCUGUGUGUGUCAGUGUGUGUGUGUGUGUGUGUGUCAGUGUGUGUGUGUGUCAGUGUGUGUGUCAGUGUGUGUGUGUCUGUGUGUGUGUGUCUGUGUGUCUGUGUGUGUGUGUCAGUGUGUGUGUCAGUGUGUGUGUCAGUGUGUGUGUGUAAGUCAUGGUCGCCUCCUAAACCCUUCCCAGGUGGUGUUUCAUGUCAGUGUUCUUUCACCUGGUGAACUCAUCAUUCCAGCUCUCGUAUGCUGUCUCUCUUUUCACUCGUCUUUCUCACUGCCUUCGUUUCCACGUCCUCAGAAGGGGGGGGGGGCUGUUAGCUUUGUCUCUUUAAGGGAAAAGACCACAAGAUGUGCAGAGUCUACCUUUUAAUUCUGGAAUUCAUUUUGCAUGAUUAUUAUUAUUAUUGUUAUUAUUAUUAUUAUUAUUAUUAUUAUUAU